AUGAACCAGAGGGUCAUGGUGCGUUCGAGCUGUUUUUCCAGAGGGGCUAUAUGCAGAGCUGUAGCCAUUGCAGCUUCAUUAUCAGUACCUCAGACGAGUUGUCCCAGCGGAAGAGCUGCGUUGCUGAAGGAAGCUCGUGAAACGGUUCAAUGGAUCAUGUCAUGGAAUGUAAGAGGGUUGGGGAGGAAAGAUAAAAGGGGAAAAAUUUUGAAGUUGGUUAAGGAUAAAAAGUUGGAUAUGUUGUUGUUACAAGAAACUAAGAAAUCCAAUGUUGAUGAAUUGCUCGUGAAGUCCUUGAGGCCACUUGAUUCUUUGCAGUUUUUGGCAGUGGAUUCGGUGGGAAGUGCGGGGGGCUUGCUACGUGUGUGGAAUCCUGGGGGGUCAGUUAUGGGAAGCAUUGGGAAGGCUGAAGUCAUCUUUUCACAAACCUUGGUGUAUUGGAGGGGAUUUAAUGAAAUUCGAUUUUUGAAUGAAAGAAGGAGUUUCCUGAGAAGGGACAAAGGAAUGAUUGAAUUUAAUGAGUUUAUUGAACGUAUGGAGUUCUUAGAUUUGCCUGUGUUAGUGAGAGGCUUUACAUGGUGUAAUUCAGUGGAAGGAGAUAGAUGGAGUAGAAUUGAUAGGUUUUUAUUAGAUUCCUUGUGGCUAGAGAAGUUUAGCCUUAAGCAGUGGGGCCUUCCAAGGAGUUUUUUUGAUCAUUGUCCAUUGGUGCUGAUAGAGGAUGAAAGAGACUGGGGUCCUAGACCUUUUAGGUUCCUAAAUGCAUGGAGUUUGCAUCCUACUUUUAUGGCUAUGGAAAAGAAAUCUUGGACAGAGGCUGAGACUUAUGGUUGGGCUGGCUUUAGGUUGAAGGAAAGAUUAGCAUCUCUGAAGAUGGCAUUGAAGAAAUGGAAUGUGGAGGACUUCGGAAAUGUUGAUCUUCAGUUAAAAUCCGCUGAGGAGGAGCUCCAUGAGAUUGACUUAAAAGCUGAAGUUGGGCCUUUUCUGGACACUGAAAUUGGUGGAAGAAGAGAGUUAAGAAGUUUAGUAUGGAAGCUGAAGAAGAGAUUGGGAUGGAUCUGGCAACAAAAAUCUAGAAUUAAAUGGGCUCAAGAUGGCGAUAAAAAUAUGAGAUUCUUUCAUGUGAUGGUUAAGAGGAGACAAGCCAAGAAUUUAAUUGAUACAGUUGUUCAGAAUGGGGAAGUUAUUGGGGAACCAAAGAGGGUGAAACAAGUAGUGGUAGGGCAUUUUAGAAAACUGUAUUUUGAGGAGUGGAAAAGCAGAUCAAAGCUGGAUGGUCCUUUUAUUACCAUUGGGGAUGAUGAGGCAAAGAGGGAUUUAGAAGUAGAGUUUACAUUGGAAGAAGUGUGGGCAGCUGUGAAAGACUGUGAUGGGAAUAAAGCUCCAGGGCCUGAUGGUUUCAACCUUUACUGCAUUCAGAAGAAUUGGGAGGUGAUGAGAAGUGAAAUCCUCUAG